AUUCGCUAAUGUCGUACGUCAUUCUACGGCCAAACGCUUUAUGAUCACGGCUUGAUUGCUUCUUAUAUAAAUUUCAGGUCUACUUCGCUCCGCCAGUCAACAUGACAGUGAAUUCGAUGCCAAGAUAAAUUUAUAGAAAAUUUAACCUCUAGUUAUUUGUGAUACUUGGUAUAAAACAGUUUUGGUGAUUUGUACUUGGAUCUCGUAUUUACUCCAUUUUGGCUACGUACGCUUAAUCUGUAGCUACUGGUGUCCUAGCUACUGGCUGUGUACGGUCCUGAACUAGCUAUAUAGCUUUCUUCUUGAAUUCAAAGACAUUGGUUGGGUUAAUCGUUCACUGUAAUCCUUGCCUGAUGAUGGAAAGCUGUUGUUCGAUGAGCUUGCUACUGUACAUCGCCAUCAUUUCCGUGUGUUUGCCACAGCCAUCUUUCUUCACAGUCUUAGCCGACCCGGACCACUCAGCCUGCAAUUUCAAGCGAUGUAGUUGUCAAGACACAUCUAUAUCCUGCCAAGGAAACUUGGGAGAGAAAGAAUUGAAAAAUAUACCUAAGGAUACCGAAAAUAUAAUAUUUCAAGAUGGAUUGAACUGUGACUGUGAAACAGUUAAGCUGGUAGAGUGGGCUUCUGAUAAACGCAUAACCAUAGAUGGAAAAUGCAAUGAGCCUGCGCACCUGGCUGGUCAGCCUGUGAAUGAAAUAAACAAAGAGCAAUUGAAGUGUGGCCAUACGCAUGUAAGAAAAAGGCGAUCUAUCAUUGAAAAUGAAACGCUGAAUUUCACUGACACCAAACCAACUGGUCCAGAUGGGCUUCCUUUGUGGCCAUGCGACUUUGAAGAAAACUUUUGCCAGUGGUUCCAGUUAUCUGACAGUGAUUUUAAAUGGACAAGACAGAAUGGGAGCACCAAAUCCCAUUUCACCGGACCAAAUGGAGAUCAUACAUUUGGCAACGGUACUUACAUAUACAUCGAAACUUCCGUACCAAAACAAUUGAAUGACAAGACAAGACUAGUGAGCCCUACGCUACGUCCAGUAAAGGCAAACCAAACAUGCAACAUGACGUUCUAUGUCCAUAUGUACGGCAAUAACAUUGGUCAGCUAAAUAUUUACCAAGCACCAGUCAUUGGACACGAUACUUUAAAGAAAUUCUUCAAGACUUCACAAGGAGAUGCCUGGUUGAAAGAAGAAGUUACAUUUGAUAGUAACGAAGAGUUUCAGAUCAUUUUCGAAGGAGUCCGUGGAAAUGGCUAUCAAGGGGACAUAGCGCUUGAUGACAUCUCUUUCAGUACUGGCUGUCAGCGACUUGUCCCAGGGUACGUUCGACUACGUUCGGCUGAUCCCAAAGCCUUCAACACUGGAGUGGUCGACAUUUACAACAAUGGUAGCUGGGGGCAGGUAUGUCGAGAUGGAUGGACAUCAGCUGAUGCUAGUGUCGCUUGCAGGGAACUUGGCUUCGAUUCCGUAAAACAAAUAUCCGCUGUUUCUACGAAUGGUUUAUCUAUCACUGGUCUGACGAGCCUCAACUGUACUGGGACAGAAACAUCGGUAAAUAAGUGUCCAAGAAGUGCGUGGUCCAAAGCAACUCUUUGUACUAGUAACCAGACGGCCUCGUUAGGUUGCACAGGUAUUGCACCUGUAUGUCCUCUUAAGACUCACAUGUACUGCCCCAAGAAACCAGGCGAACCAACGGCAAAGUGUAUCUCACUUGGUCAGCGAUGUGACUUUAUCGAUGACUGCUGGGAUGGCUCGGACGAAAGGGAUUGUAACAAUUAUACAAGAUGCACUUUUGAAGAAGCAGAUUUUUGCGGCUGGCUUCAGGCAGUAAAUGACCACAUGAACUGGACGAGGCACCGUGGAAGCACUCCAACACAAUCCACAGGUCCAAGUCAAGAUCAUAAUGGGGAUGCCAGUAAAUAUUACAUCUAUAUUAACGUGGCUGGACGGGCGGCAGAAAAGGCCAAAAUCGCAGUUACACCUCGAUUUCAAGGUAACCACCAAGGACUAUGUAAGGUUCGAUUCUUUUAUCACAUGUACGGUUGGGGGACUGGAUCCCUACGUGUCCUGAUCACCGAUCAAUACACAGUCCGUACAUUAUGGCAGAAGAAGGGUAGACUAGGUGACCAGUGGAACAGAGCUGAAGUCACGCUACUCAAUACUUCCAAAUCUUUCCAGGUGGUUUUUGAAGCUGAACACACUGGUUACGUCAGCCAAGGUGAUAUUGCAAUCGAUGACGUUUCAUUCACUCCAGAAUGUCUUCCAGCCAAACAUGAAAAUAUAUCCUGUUCGCCAAGUACCUUCAAGUGCUCAAGCUUGGAAUGUAUAUCAUUAGAAGACCGAUGCGACUUUAAAAUGGAUUGCUUUGAUGGAACAGACGAGCGUAACUGUGGAUUCAAUACACCAGGGCGAUGUAACUUCGAGGGCAAUUUCUGCGACUGGAAUAAUGAAACAGAUGACAAAUUCGAUUUUGAACGACACCAGGGAUCAACGGUAUCCUUUGGUACUGGCCCUUCCUAUGACCACACCCUUGGAUAUGGACAAAGAGGUUUUUAUGCAUACAUUGAAUCGUCACAUCCCAGGAAAAACGGAGAUAAAGCAAGAUUAGUGGGACCUCAGUUUAUGUGGAAAAAUAUAACUGGUUGUAAGAUUCGCUUCUUUUAUCAUAUGUGGUCCAUUAGGUAUAAUGUCGUCGGGACUCUAAAAGUAAUGCUGCGAAACCCUAUCACUCGCGAAACCGUAACAAUUUGGCAGAAGUUUGGUAGUCAAGAUAACAAGUGGAUCCUUGCUGACGUUCCCAUAGCAACCAAUUGGUCGAUAGCUGAGGUGGUGAUCGAGGCAACACGUGGUCAGUCAUACUUGAGCGAUAUCGCCAUCGAUGACAUCUCCUUCACUCCUCAGUGCUAUCCUCCUAUUCCUUCUCACGUCGACAAAAACUACGACGUACGUUUGGUUGGCAGCAAGUCUUCAUAUCAAGGACGUGUAGAGGUGUUCCGUGUGGGAUACUGGGGAACUGUCUGCAACGACGGAUGGGACAAGAAUGACGCUCAAGUAGUGUGUAGGCAACUCGGUUAUGCAGGGGCUAUGAAUGUGUUCCCUUCAUUUGGAUCCGGUAAAGGACAGAUCUGGUUGGAUGAUAUUAAAUGUAUUGGAAAUGAGAGUAACCUGAAUAUGUGCGGUCAUAAUGGAUGGUCGAAUCAUAACUGUGAUCACUCUAAAGAUGCUACUGCAGUCUGUGAUAUAUCGGGGGGUACCACUGCCCCAAUUCGUCUUACCGGACAUACCAAUGACACACAUGGUGGAAGAGUAGAAGUCCAUUACCACAACAAGUGGGGCUCCAUCUGUUUUGACGAAUGGGAUCUUCACGACGCACACGUGGUCUGUCGUCAAGCUGGCUUCCUAGGAGUGGAAAAAGUUAUGUCCGAGCCUUCGGAGAGUACAGGCCAUAUAUGGCUGAGUAAGGUGAAGUGCGAAGGCAAUGAGAACUCGCUGGACAAGUGUCAACACAGUGACUGGAGUGUAGUCAGUAGUUGCUCCCAUGGAUACGCCGGGGUAGUCUGUAAACGGAGCGGUGCUUCAGAAGGUGAUAUCCGACUUACUGGUGGAAGAUCGCAAAAAGAGGGUCGUUUGGAAAUCUUCCAUCGUGGUGAAUGGGGCACGGUAUGCGAGGAUUAUUGGUCCAAGGAAGAUGCAAAGGUCGUUUGUAAUGAGCUUGGAUUCACAAGUGUGGUCAAAGUGUACCAAAGUUUUGGGCCAGGUACUGGACAGGUGUGGCUCCAUAAUCUUCAAUGUUAUGGUAACGAGACAUCGCUGACUCAGUGUAGGCAUGGUAGAUGGGCGACCAGCCCUUGUUCGCAUGAUGAAGACGUGGGGCUGAUAUGUGGAGAUAAUUCUUACAUUGGAUGUUAUAAAGAUAACGAUCCUCGGGUGAUGAGUCACAAAAGUACCAUGAAGGAUCUAACCCCUGUCAGAUGCCUUCAAUAUUGCCAGUCUAAAGGCUACUCAUAUCUUGGCCUCGAGUGGUCUACAGAGUGUUACUGUGGCAACCACUAUGACAAGUAUGGUAACGCGUCUGCUAGUGAAUGCUCUUCGCCGUGUGCGGGUGAUCCAAGCAAGACAUGUGGAGGCCCAUGGCGAUUAUCUGUUUACACCACAAAUCCAGCCAUUCUACCAAGCUCAGCACCAGGAUAUCUACCUGUUAGACAAAGCUGCUCGUCAGUAAGCUACAUACGCAAUUACGGUUUCCUGAGUUCUUUAGCAAGUCCUAACUACUUCAGUGGUGAUCACCAAAGUGGUUACAUAUGGUCCCCCCUUUACCCAUCCAAUUACCCAAACAAAAUUCACUGUGUAUGGGUACUAAAUCUCAUGCCAGGAUCCAAGGCUCGAAUAGAAUUCAUAGACUUCCAAACGGAGAAAGAUUUUGAUUACUUGGAAGUACGUGAUGGGAAACGAAUAUACAACCAGCCGUUGACACCAAGGUUUGGUUUUAGCGGGAACAAGAGCUCGAUUCUGACGGCGUCUUCUAACACCAUGUGGAUCAAGUUCUAUGCUGAUAUCAGUAUUAAUGCUAAAGGUUUUAAGUUACGCUAUGUUUCGUCAGGUUUAAGCAUGUCAACGACACCAGCUACCACCCUUACCACACCAACACUUUCUCCAAGCUCUCUUCCCAUAAUACAGAAUGUAAUAGGAGGUUGUAAUGGUGUCCUGGACGCUGUCAAUACAACAUUUGGUUACUAUGACUACUACCACGACACAGGCUUCAUUCGCAGUCCCGGGUAUCCCACACAGUUGUAUGGUAAUAACCUCCAGUGUCAGUGGUCAGUGUUUGUUCAGCAGGGCUACAAGAUCAUAAUGAAGGUCACAGACAUGGACUUACAUGCCUCAUCGAAUGAUAACUUAGUUAUUGAUGAUGGGCAUCAUACAGAAAGAUCCACUGGACGAUCUCUGCCGUGGAGUUUUCAAUCAACGGAUCGCUUCCUUCGAGUCUACUUCUCUACUGAUUCUUCUGGCCAAGCUAAAGGGUUCAUGAUGAAAUACGAACGAGUUGUUCUUAAUCACGUAAUUUCGACAUCACCACUUCCAACAACUACAACACUACCAACAACAACAACACCAGCAACAACAACACAGAGGAUGAGUUCGUCAACAGAUGACAAAAGUCAAUCAACAGCGAGUUUUGUUCCAAGGACCACAUCAGCUGUUACGUCAUACGCUACGACUAAAGAACCACCGUCAGAUGGUAACGGCUCUGGAGGAAAUUAUGACAAGCGAAGUGCAAAUGACAAAGGAAUGAGUGGUGGCAGCAUUGCAGGAAUCGUUGUCGGAUUUAUCGUCUUGAUUCUGAUUAUCAUUAUUCUUGUUCUUAUUCUUCUGAAAAACAAAAAGAAGCGACGUAACCCACAAGCUCGCCAUUGCUUCAUUAACGAAGCCUAUGAUAAUACAGAUGGUAUGGUUAUGGCAAACGCCGGUGCAAUGGCUCCUCAUGGUCUACAAGACAACACUAUUUUCUAUGCAUCGGCUGCUGUAGCUCCUCCUCCUUACACACCUGAGGCUGCAGCCAACGAUCCCACGCCAGGUUACACGGUUCCAACACCCACAGCUCCUUCUGAACAGGUCUACAGUAAUCUGUACUCUCGUCCUCCCCCGUAUAACCAAUACAAUGAUGCAGAUUCUAAUUCUACGACCACGGGGAUAGGCUCUGUCACCAACCUCCGCGCGGCAGCCAAUGACGGGCAACAAGCUGUAGAAGCGACCGCAUUUCCACCUCUCAGUGGAGUAUUGCCAGGGAAUGGUCUCCCAUCUGUUGAUGGUGAUACAGCAUUUGUGAAAAGUGUUCUACCACCAAUAGGCAUUCCAGCUCAAGACACAAAAACACCUUUGCCCGACGAUCAAGCCGGUCCUUUACCGGAAAAACCUCCACUGACGGUUGUUCCUGUUACCAAUAACAACCAUCCACCUGCUCGGCCCAAUGGCCUUGCGCCAUUGGAAGGCAUCAAUCGGUGUCCGGCAAGUGUGGCAUUUGGCGCGGAAGUUCCCUUUGAAUUCAUUUGUCCGAUCUCCAACGAAAUCAUGAAACGUCCGGUAUCUGCUUCCGAUGGCUACACGUACGACCGCCGAGCCAUAAAAUCGUGGUUCCGACAAAAUCGGACGAGCCCGAUGACGAACGAACCGAUUACGGACUUUACCUUACGAGCCAACGAGCAUCUUGAAGCGAGAAUCAAAGAAUUUGUUCGGGCUCAUUCAAGAGCGUAAAUCACUCCAAAUCACAAAUUGUUAAUUCGAACACAUCAGUUUUUGUAUCAUAGAGUGUCCUGCAGUUUAACGUGAUUUUUCCAACUGCUUUUGUACGUAUCAUCCAAAUUAUUAUUAUUAACCGUUAAAAAAGCUGGCGUCCUUUUUAAAGAAGUUUCUUUUUAUUAAAGAAAAACGAAUGCAAUGACGCAAAGGAUAUGAAAUGGGAAAAAUGAAAAUGAAAAGAAGACUAGAACACGAAAGAAAGUGAAGAAAUGGGGGAAAAGAAAGGAAAGAGGAAAGAAACAUACUUUAUGCAUACAAAAUUAAAUGAUAACGGCUUUGCGACUAUCUAGUACUUGAUGCCCAAAUGACCUCUCUAAAACAAUGACAGUUUACAUGUAAGUUAGCGUAAUCUAGUCGUACGCAAUAUAGCCUCCUUUUCUACACCAUGUAUACCGCUGUUUUUGAUGACCACAGGCUCAAUCAUACUGGUUAACGUCGUUUUACAUAUUGAAUCAAUGUACUACUUAGACGAUAUGGCGGCCAUCUUGCCAGGGGGCAAAACAAACAUGACGGACAAUAUAUAGAGUUUCAUGUGUUUGUCUUUCUUGUAUGGGUAAAGGUGAUCGAUGUGUCGUCAUAAUCCAUCUUUUUUUUAAUCCUCUUGUGGUGACUGUUAAUAUCAAUCAACGUCAUCACUGUAACAGCUUUUGCCUCCCUGAACGCCCCAUAAUGCCUUGCGAUCCAAGAUGGCCGCUGCAUCGUAGAAGUUAAGCGAGGCCAAACCUGUUCAAAUUGGUCUGUAGUCAAGAAAACCAGCGGUACUUACUUGAUAGCAUAAAGGACCAUUGGCAAGGAUUUGGGCGUGCAGAAUAUUGUCGUUGUUAUAACAGCGCCAUCUUUUUCAAGCGAUGCCCAAACCAAUGCUGUGCAGCUGUUGUGCUAAAUAGAUAUUAUAGUCGCUUCGGCCAUGUUUCAAGAGUGUGCAUAUAUAGAGUUAUAGGCCAGAUACAAACCCGGCAGUUUCUACUAGAAGACAGAUUUACUUACACCACAAUAUGUUUUUAAAUGGAGGAUCCAGGAUUUAGGAAGGGAGGGGUGGCUGGUUGGCUGGCUGGCUGGCAACAUUGUCCAUAUUUUGCAUUUAUUUUUUCUCUUGAUGUUGAUUUUGCUCUCUUAAAAUAAUACAUAGAUGAGGCAGGCAAGAUUGUUUGGUAUACUUGUCAAACAUUGAUAAACGUGUUGCGUUGUGGUCUAGCUUGGAUACGAACAUCUCGCUCAUCAUGUCUUAUGUUCCAUCUCGUACUCAGAGACUUUAUUUCUUACUGCGCAUGCACGACGAGCAUGUGCAAUAUGAAAUAAAUGAAGAGCUCUUGGUUGUACAAGAUUGGCCUUAUAUUGUGUUGUUUGUACCCAAGCUAGACCACAAUGCAUCAGAUAUUAUCGAACUCAGAAAAGGCUGCAAAUUCUGAAUCUUUUUUAUAGAAAAGUCCAAUUUGAACGGACCAUAUCCCUGUAUUUGAAUCACUGGUUCUAUACUUGCCAACAAACUGGAAGCGGCUUAUCAGUAAUGCGUAGAGCUGGUGAUUUCACGUGCACUUACAAUGAAUAAAUUGAAGUCUCACGAGGCAUAUGCAGUUUCUACGUA